UCACUUAUCUUUUACAAUAUACCUUACAAGUUGCUAAUGUAUUUUCUUUGGGAAGACUAGGUUCUAGUGAGUUAGCUGCGUCAGCUCUAGCUAACAUGUUUGCUGCAGUAACCUGCUGGUCAGUCGGAUUAGGUGCCGCAUCAGCCCUCGACACUUUAUGUUCACAAGCCUACACUUCGGGCACACCAAUCAUGGUAGGUGUCCAUUUACAACGAGGUGUUAUUAUUAUUCUGGUUGGAAUAAUGCCUAUUGCGAUGCUCUGGUGGGAAGCGGAAAGGAUUUUGGUGAUACUAGGACAAGACAAAGAAUUAUCAAAGAUGGCGGGAGUUUAUUUGCGGUAUCUGUUACCCGGUGCUCCAGCAUAUUUAUUGUUCGAAUCUGUCAAGAAAUAUUUGCAAGCACAAGGUAUUAUGCAUGCAAGUACCUAUGUGCUAAUAAUAUGCGCGCCUUUAAACCUGGUCCUUAAUUACACCUUAGUCUUGUAUAAGCCUAUCGCAUUAGGAUUUCUUGGUGCGCCUCUCGCUAUCACCAUUAUUUAUUGGCUUAUGCUGACCUUAAUCGUCUUAUAUACCCGAUUUUUUGACGGGUAUCAAGUGUGGGGAGGGUGGACUUGUGAUUCAUUACGCGAUUGGCAAACAUUUACCAAACUUGCAAUUCCUGGAAUUCUGAUG